AGAGUAUUUUACCAGACUUAACUAAAAUGGAUUCUGUUCAGGCGUUGUGUGUUUUUAUUUCUCUUUUAAGCCUAUCAUGGGCUCGAAGCCUUCGAAAUCCAAUGGAGAAUCCGGAUCUGUACCAAGGAGAUAUACUUGAGUUGGACGAUGCUACUGAUAGGAAUGCAGUGGUCAAUAAGAGUCGCAUUUGGCCCGGCGGAGUAAUUCCCUAUAAAAUUGAUCCAGGAUUAAAUUUCUUGAAAUCUGACAUUGAAAAGGCUAUGAACCACAUCAUGGAAAAGACAUGUCUAAAGUUUCGACCAUGGGAUGAAGAAGAAAAGGGAUAUAUACGGAUAUUCCCUGGUUUUGGGUGCUAUUCUUAUUGGGGUAGGACGGGAAAAGUUCAGCCCGUAUCGCUAGGCCAAGGAUGUGAGCCCCUGGGCACCAUAAUUCACGAGUUGACUCACGCCAUCGGUUUCGAUCACGAACAAAACAGAUCUGACAGAGACGAUUAUCUCAUAAUUUAUUGGCAAAAUAUCUGGCCAGAUGCUCUGGACCAGUUUGAUAAACACAAACCUGAAGCUAACUGGCUGAUCAAUGAAUUUGAUUUCGACUCGAUCAUGUUAUACGGUGAAAAAACUUUUUCAAAGGAUGGAUGGUCUCACACAAUGAGAGCUAAGAAAAAGGGCAUCAGAUUUGUAGACGUGAUCAAGAAAGGCAAACUGAGUACAAGCGAUAUUUAUAGAAUCAACAAACUGUAUGAAUGUGACAAGAGAAUGAUGAGAUGAUUAGAUGUGGUAAUAUCUCCAGCA